AUAAAAUUCAGUUGCCACUGGCGACUUGGCGUGAAAAGUGCUGCAGAAAUAAAUUCAGCAGAAACAAUAGCUAAAACUAACUAAGUUACAUUAAGUGAAUUAGUGUGCUGGUGUGUUAAGUGCAAAAGGACCUUCAGGACCUCAGCAGCCAAUAAACAACAUGGCAGCAGCUGCACCAGCCGCGGCCGCAGCCGCCGCAACUGCAGCACCGACAAACAUAGCCGAAAUCGCUGGCGAGGCUAAUAUAAUGAACUACAUGAAGAAUCGGCUGCGCAAGGGCGCCAUGAAGCGCAAGGGUCUUAUGGUUAUAAAUGGACAUAAGUUCGCGGUACGCUUCUUUAAGCAGCCAACCUAUUGUGGGCAUUGCAAGGACUUUAUUUGGGGCUUCGGCAAGCCAGGAUAUCAGUGUGAAGAUUGCCGCUUCAAUAUACAUCAGAAAUGCUGCAAUUAUGUGGUGUUCAAAUGUCCUGGCAAGGAGACCGACAUUGAUGCUGAUUGCUCGAAAGUGAAACAUAAAUGGGAAUCGACCACAUACACAACACCGACAUUCUGCGAUGAUUGUGGCAUGUUGCUGCACGGUGUGGCACAUCAGGGCGUCAAGUGUGAUAAUUGCAAUUUGAAUGUGCAUCACGCUUGCAAGGAGAAGGUGCCACCGCUUUGUGGCGCCGAUAUUAACGAACUACGUGGCAAAUGUUUGUUGUAUGCCGAACUCAAGGGCAACACAUUGACGGUGGAAAUUAAGGAGGCCACCAAUUUGAUACCCAUGGACACGAACGGUUUGAGUGAUCCGUAUAUUGCAAUCGCAUUACAUCCUGAUCGUAGUGGCAAAUCCAAGAAGAAGACUAAGACAAUACAGAAGAGCUUGAGCCCGGUUUACAAUGAGAAAUUUACUUUCGAAAUUACAGCGCAAGAUCGUGACAAGCGCUUACUGAUUGAGGUUUGGGAUUGGGAUCGUACAUCCCGUAAUGAUUUCAUGGGCUCGUUUUCAUUUAGCUUGGAUGAGAUACAGAAGGAACCCAUCGAUGGCUGGUAUAAGUUUCUCUCACAAGUUGAGGGCGAAUGCUACAACAUACCAUGCUCAGAUCCGAUCAACGAUAUAGCACGCUUGCGUGACGAAGUGAGAAUGGACAAGAAGUCGGACAAUAAGCGGCGCAUGGACAACAAGGAUAUGCCACACAAUAUGAGCAAGCGUGACAUGAUACGUGCAGCGGACUUCAAUUUCAUUAAAGUACUUGGUAAAGGCUCAUUCGGUAAGGUGCUGCUAGCCGAACGUCGUGGUACCGAUGAGCUGUAUGCGGUUAAGGUGCUGCGCAAGGACGUGAUCAUACAGACGGACGACAUGGAAUUGCCUAUGACGGAGAAGCAAGUGCUAGCAUUGUCGGGCAAGCCGCCUUUCUUGGUAUCGCUACACUCGUGCUUUCAGACUAUGGAUCGCCUAUUCUUUGUCAUGGAGUAUUGCAAGGGCGGUGAUCUUAUGUAUCACAUGCAAGUCUAUGGGCGCUUCAAGGAGUCUGUUGCGGUUUUCUACGCCGCCGAGAUCGCCAUUGCCUUAUUUUUCUUACACGAACAUCACAUCAUCUAUCGCGAUCUCAAGCUGGAAAAUGUGCUGCUCGAUGGUGAGGGUCAUGUCAAGUUAGCAGAUUUCGGUCUCAGCAAGGAGGGAAUUGAGGAGCGUGAUAGUACAAGAACCUUUUGUGGCACGAAUAUUUAUAUGGCGCCGGAGAUCCUAAACUAUGAAACCUACAGCCACACUGUCGACUGGUGGUCUUUUGGUGUGAUAAUUUUCGAAAUGCUAGCAGGGCAAAACCCAUUCGAGGCCGAUGAUGAAGACAACACUUUUAAGAAUAUCAAAGACAAGAAGGCCGUAUUUCCGAAACACUUUUCUCAAGAGGCUAUGGAUGUGUUGACGAGC